AUGAGAUUGCCAAUCUGCUUAACAAUCAUCCUGGCUACGGCGCAUGCGCGUCCCGAACCACCGACGGGCUACAAUUACCCAUCACCAGGACAACCCUCGAUCUCCCAAGGAUCCCCCGUAAUCGAAGCCCUAUCGCAAGGAUCAGGUCAAUCAUCCUUCGGCUCCCUGUCGCAAGGGUCAGGUCAAUCAUCCUUCGGCUCCCUGUCACAAGGGUCAGGUCAAUCAUCCUUUGGUUCCCUGUCACAAGGGUCAGGUCAAUCAUCCUUCGGCUCCCUGUCACAAGGGUCAGGUCAAUCAUCCUUUGGUUCCCUGUCACAAGGGUCAGGUCAAUCAUCCUUCGGCUCCCUAUCGCAAGGGUCAGGUCAAUCAUCUUUCGGCUCCCUGUCUCAAGGGCCAGGUCAAUCAUCUUUCACUUCUCCAUCACAAGGAAGCCAUUCGUUCGACUCUCAAUCGCAAGGAGGCCAAUCAUCGUUCGGUUCUCUCUCCCAAGGAGGUCAAUCAUCGUUUGAUUCUCUAUCGCAAGGAGGUCAAUCCUCCUUAGGAUCUCUACUACAAGGAGGUCAAUCCUCUUUAGGAUCUCUACUGCAAGGAGGUCAAUCGUCCUUCGGUUCCCUAUCGCAAGAAGGUCAAUCCUCCUUGGGAUCUCUAUCGCAAGAAGGUCAAUCGUUGGGUCAAACAUUGAUCCACAAGCACGUGUACGUGCACGUGGCGCCGGAGGAGCCGCAGGAGGUGCGCGAGCGCCGGCCCGUCGCCGUCGCGGCGCCCCAGAAGCACUACAAAAUAAUCUUCAUCAAGGCGCCGGCGCCGCCGGCGCCGGUGGCGCCCGUCAUACCGGCGCAGCCGCAGAACGAGGAGAAGACGCUGGUGUACGUGCUGGUGAAGAAGCCCGAGGAGGCGGCGGAGAUCGUCGUCCCGACGGCGGCGCCGACGCAGCCGUCGAAGCCGGAGGUGUACUUCAUCAAGUACGAUACGAAGAAGGAGCAGGCGACGGGGGGACAUCAGGGGUACCCCGUGGAGGGGGCGCCCGAGGUGGUGGUUAAUAAGGCGACGGGGGGGUCGGGGAGUGUAGCGGGGCAAGUGGGGCAGUCUAAUUUGGGUAGCCUCGAUGUAAGAAGUGGUAAUAAUAAUGGUAAUUUGUCUAGUAAAUACGGGCCCCCCGGUUACCAAAGAUAA